UAUGAUGAUGCAUUCAAGGCCUUCACAAUCAUGCUCUCCAAAUUGGAUGAUGCACCCGACCCACAGAUAAGACAGCUACGCCAGCAAUACGUCAAUCUAUCUGACAUAGAAGAUGCUAUUCGACAAGCCAUUCAAGCUCAACUGGAAAACGCCCCACUUCGUCUAAUCAAUACCUCUACUGGACGUUUGUGCGAUCGAGACGCGCAAAUUAAUGCAUUCAUGGAGAGUACAGAGCACAAAGAGCUUUUGCAUACAUUGGACAUGCGUGCGCCUCUCCAAACUGAGCCUAUCGAGAAAGUGGUCGUGAAGUACUUUGGUUGGGUCAUGUUGUCCCAUAGGUGGGAAAGGAAGGAGCCGCUACUGCACGACAUUCAGCACAAGGUCAUAUACGACUUGGAUCCAGUCGGAACCAUUGUGAAGUUGCAGAAGUUCUGCGAAGUCUCUCGCUCUGCGGGGUAUCGCUGGGCGUGGAGUGACACGUGCUGCAUCGACCAGAACAACAACCUCGAGCUCCAGCGAUCAGUCAACUGCAUGUUCGCCUGGUAUCACCACUCAGCGCUCACUAUCGUCUACCUAUCGGAUGUUCCUCCUUUGUCAAAGUCGGGCGCGCUCGCAAACAGCACUUGGAAUACACGAGGAUGGACCGUUCAGGAGUUCCUCGCCCCUAAAAUUAUCCUCUUCUACCAAUCAGAUUGGAAACUAUAUCUCGACAAUCGCUCACGCAACCAUAAGCAGUCUGUCAAUAUCAUGGGGGAGUUGGAGCGUUCAACUGGCAUAAAUGCGCGGGCGCUCGUUGACUUUCAUCCGGGGACAAGAGACGCCCGAGAGAAACUCCGAUGGGCAUCAACGCGUGUGACUACGUUACAGGAGGACAUCGCGUAUUCGCUAUUUGGGAUCUUCGGCGUCCACCUUCCUGUAAUCUACGGGGAGAACAGACAGAACGCGCUCGGACGACUCUUGCAGGAGAUCAUAGCCCAUUCGGGUGACAUCACGGUCCUGGACUGGGUGGGACAAUCGUCUACCUUCAACAGUUGCCUCCCAGCGGAGAUUUCCUCAUACAAGGCUCUGCCAUUCCCGUUGCUAUCUCUAUCUGAAGACGAGAUGCAAAAUUCUGUCCGCACGCUGCGAAACAGUAUGGUGGCUGUGAAAUUAGCUUCGAGACUGUAUACUGCCCUUGAGAAACUCAGCGUUCCUCGUUUUGCAAACGGCAGACUUCAGUUGCCUUGCAUCGCAUUCCCUCUCACAGAAGUCAAGUGGAAGAAGCCAGAUCAAAGCGCAGAGAAAUGUUUCGCAUAUGAAGUCAAGGCAGACGGGCUACAAGACCUGCUAAUUACAACAGCAGACAAGCUUGUUCAAUUCUCGCCUACAAAGCGUGUUCGGCAGACGUUUCUGCUCGUCCGUCCAUGGAAUCGGUAUGAUCUCGGAUUGGUCGACUUUACAGAAGAGUCGCAGAGCGUGUACGAUUGGCCUGAUGAACCUGGAGAUGAUGAGCUGGUUACCAGAAGGUUGAGAUUGUUCGUCCGCCUUACUCGUCCUUUUAACGCACUUCUGCUAGCGCAGCAGUGGGGUGGGGAGUAUAAGAGAAUCGCUUCAGAUGACAAUAUCGUUGCGCAAGUCACGGACCUAGCUUCUAUUGAUGACAUGAUGGACGUCAGGAUGCUGGAGAUACUGUAGCUAAGAACGGUAAUCUCUGUUUAUACAUUGACAGCACCUGCAUGCAAAAAUACCCGUAGAACUUUGUAUCGUAUAGUACCAGAUAAUAUCAUAUACUGCUUUAUGUAUAUGCAAGGGCUCGGCCGUCGCGCAAGUCAUAU